AUCUGUACUCCAUAUUUUUUAGUAUAACCCAAGAACACGUGUAUUGUGACGUGGAAUGUUGCCUCGUCCCUCUCUACAUCCUGCAAAAAGCCCACACUUCUUCCCUCCCUCGUUUUAGAGAGAGAAACAAAAUGCAGCAGAUUUUCAUAUAACUCAGAUGUGGAUCAGAGGAGAAGGACAACAAAUCAAACAAUCUGUACCUUUUCUUUUUCCUUUUUUCUUUCCCCCUUUUCGCUUUAAAUCGAGAUCAUAGAUUUAUAAAGUGAUAACUGGUUGGUUUGGGGGGAGUAAUUGAAGUUGGAAUAAACACGAUCCAAAUUCUUACCCGAUUCCAAUUUGAAACACACGUAUUAGAUAAUUCAAGAGAUAAACUUGAUAUGAAUAUAGAUCGAGUAAUACCACGUUCUAACCCUAGGAGACGUAAGUUUUCCCCUAUGUAUUUUCAUGAUCUUAUUGUUUAUUCAUAUGAUCGCUUCAUCUGCAGCCGACUCAUCAAGUAUUUAACAAAACAAAUCUUAUAGAUAGCUCUGAUCAUUGAAAGGUCAACAUCAUCUUGGAAUCUUAAGGUGUUUGUUUGACCAUGGCGAACUCUGAAGAAGCAAAGAAUUGUAAGCCUGAAGUAACAUCUUCUUCACCUCCUCAAGAGCAGCAGCAGCAGCAGCAGCAACAGACCAGUCAUGUGUAUCCUGAUUGGGGAGCCAUGCAGGCUUACUAUGGCCCAAGAAUGGCUAUCCCACCUUACUUCAACUCAACUGCUGCAUCUGGUCAUACACCUCCACCUUACAUGUGGGGCCCACUACAGCAUAUGAUGCCACCUUAUGCUGCAAUCUAUCCACAAGGUGUUUAUGCACAUCCAGGAGUUACUGUUGCUGCAAGUCCUAUGCAUGUUGACUCUCUUGCCAAGUCAUCAGGGAAUUCAGAUCGAGGAUUGAUUAAGAAAUUGAAAGGAUUUGAUGGGUUAGCAAUGUCAAUAGGGAAUGAAAAUGGAAUCUCUCACAGUGGGGAGACUGAAGGUUCUAGUGAAGGAAGUGAUGGAAAUACAACAGAGGGAGCUAAAAGUGGUCAGAAAAGAAGCUGUGGUGGAUCAUCUACAAGUUCUGAAAUUGGCAAGACUGAUGACCAACUUCCUUCCACCAAUGGAAAUGGAAGCUUAAAGAAAGUGAAAACUAUUACUGUUGCUACACCUAAUGUUACCAUGUUUCAGAAUGAGAGAGAAUUGAAAAGGGAGAGAAGAAAACAGUCUAACCGUGAAUCCGCCAGGAGGUCUCGCUUAAGGAAACAGGCUGAAGCUGAAGAACUUGGAACAAGAGUUGAAUCUCUCACCAGUGAAAAUUUGACACUCAAAUCCGAGAUUAACCGAUUAACUGUUAAUUCAUCAAAUCUGAAGCUUCAAAAUGCUAAAUUAAUGGAAAAACUCAAAAAGUCACAAAUCGAACAAGACACAGAAGACCCAAGGCCAGACAAAAAGGGUUUGUCUCUCAGCACUGCUAACCUUCUUUCCAAAGUCGAUACUGCUUCUGAUACUGGUAUUGAUACUGAUACUGGUGGUACUGGUGCAACGUUGCGUCAGCUUUUGGGUGCUAGUCCUAGGGCUGACGCGGUUGCGGCUGGAUAACCCACAAAAGAUUAUAAUUAAUGUCUUUUGUGUUUUUAAUUUUUAAAAGUUAAUUGUGUAAUUUGGGUGUAUUUAUGUGAUGGAGUUAGUUCUAACGGUUAAGUAGAGAGAAUUAAUGUUAUUAUCUUAAACAGGAAGUGUGAGUGGGUUUUAGAAAUUUGUGAAGCAAACUGAAACGUGAUUUUAGUUUUCAGAGUUUGCUUGGAAGUUGUAAUUAAUUACCUGAUAUUAAUCGAUAUACAUGGUUUGUGUAAUGUAUAAGAUAUGUUGGUUGAAUGGUUUAGGAAAUUACCAAAAACAAGAAUUUUUACUUAAUAUGGAC